AUGGCCACUGGCAGCAGGAGCCCAGGAAUGAACAACGCAAUCGACAACUUCGGGUUUGAGUUUGACAGUGAAAAGACAGCAAUCCGUGUGAAUUUUAGCGCCCUCUGCAGUGAUAUCAAUGGAACUCUUCGUUUGACAGAGGUGGCCUUUCAAGCCUUCCUCCACGGUCGCGGGGCAAUCCCAUUGGCUCUGAUGGGAACAACGUCCAUCAUCUUUCAAAGCAUGAGAUAUUUUUCACAAGUCCCAUUUUCUCAGCAGACCCUUCCGGAAGCUUUGACAUUGGAUGAACUUUGCCGGGCGGUGGUAUGGCCCAACCACGAUCGCUCACGGAAUUUCAAUAAUGGACUUGAUGAGAGAACGCCAGCGGACCACCGGAGAAUCAUGUUUCAGAGUCUGGCAACGACUGAAGAUGGGAGGAAGCUUCCGUUUGAUAUGGAGGACUGGAAGAAACAGGCAGAACGGAGGGCUGUUGAGCUGCCUCCCUCAUUGGCUCCUCGGGCUGAAUUCUGCACUACCAACUGUGAUGAUGAUGGUGAUGAGAUGUUCCAUGAUGCCCUUGAUAUCAUGCAGUUAACAAAGCCCGACAUCGAUUCUCCUUAUGGAAACGUGCCUCGUGACUGUUUCCGAUUGCUGGCAAAACAGUAUCAAGGAGGCGGCUUUCGUCUUCAUGAACUGUCGAUUCCACCAGGGAGACUCCAUGCCUUGGUGAAAUUGCUUCCCAUCGCCCAGUUUGGACACUGCGAUCAUCUUGACAUCGAGAAAUUUUCAGAUCUCGACCGGGUCACAAGCUGUGUUGUCAAAGCAUUCCACCAGGAUCUUAAUGUGGAUAUUACCUAG